AUGGAUAUCCUACUGACGAACUUCCCGCACAUGUUCCCGAAGGAUCCAGACUUCAUCAAUGAGAAGAAGGCUGCCAGCAACGUCACUUUUGACGGAGAUGGCGGCGUCGCUGAAGGUCAGAUCAGUUCAUCUCGUGUUCGCUACCAUCCGCUGACAACAACAGACGAAGGUCCUUCCACUGAUGAUGUAGAGCACGUUGAGCAAGAGUUCCUCGACUCCAUCAUCGACAAAGUGAACGAGGUUGAGCUGAAAUGCUGGAUGUACUACAAUCGCUACGAAGGCCACACAAUGCAGAACCCACUCACGCAUGACACCUCCGAGCACCUCAGGGAGGCAUUGGCGAUCAUGUACAAGGUCAUGCCGGAAAUGAAGCGACUCGAAGAGCAUCCGGAGGUUUUCAGCGACGUCCGCCAGAAAGAGCGAUUCUUCCUCCGUGUCGGCAAGAUUAUGAAGUUCUGUGUCAAGCUCAUUGAUAUCAUGGAGGAGUCCAAGGCGCUCAUCGUGCGCUCCCAGAAGAGAAUCGACGGAUGGACCAGCUCGAACCCGAUCAAUCCUUGGACCAAGCAACCAUACCAGCCAUGGGAGAGCUUUGGUCGCAAGAUGCCUCUGUUACAGGACUCUGCAGCCGUGAAGGAGAUUCAAAAGCUCGCUCCAGAUAUGCGCAUGAUCGCCGCCCAGCAGCUUCCUCAAAACGGCGUGCUCAUCAGCGAGCGAUACAGACAGAAGCAUGAGAGAAUCGUGACGGACAUCAUGCAGCAGUCUCCACGUCCAGAGGUUGUCGAGAAGCAAUUGCCAAGCAGAGACGCUCCAAUCUCCGGAGAGAAGGUCGUGGAGGGCCUGAGCGCAAAGAUCAGACGGCCAGCUGCAAUGGUUCCCAUGAAUGACAAUACGAAGAAGGCAUGGGCGUUUGGCAAGCAGGAGCACAUUGCAGAGAUGGGACGUCUCAUGGCUUUGUAUGAUGGUGAUGUGACUACGCAGAACCGCGUACCACCAGCCGCAUUCCAGGCUACAUUCCUGAGCGCAGAGGGCAUGCGCGCGGUCCAAGAAGCACGUGACCUCAUCGAAGAGAAUCGCGACGAGAAUUGA